AUGAUGCCUAGUUAGAAAAUAAUUAAUAGGGACAGUGUAGAAAUAGAUAUUAGCAAAGAUUUAGAGCAGCUAAAGAGGAUAAUGAUGUCAAUGAACAUAAACAACAAUGAUCGUCAGUAGCUUACUAACUUAUUCUGCUAGAUGGCAACUAAUAAAGAGGCUAUGUAUUCUGAGACACUUAAGGUAUAAAAUGGUCUAACAAAACUUGAUGGUAUAACAGAAUCUCUGUUAAUGAAUCAAGAUUUUCUCUCUAACAUAUAAGAUGAGACUAGAAUGAUAUUCAAGUAUAUUAAAGAUUAAGAAACUGAAAUGAAAGAGAAUGUUGAAAAUGUCUAAGAGGCUCUGGGAUUCGCAACCAAUCAGAAUAAUUAAGGAAAAAAUAUAGAAGGGGAUUCAUCACGAAGGAAUGGGUAUGAUUCACCAACUUUUACUGGUUCAAAUUCAAAUAGAAAGAAGGAUUAAAGCUCACCUAGAUGGAACAUCAAAACAGAAAGUCCUAGAAAUAGGCCUUAGCAAAGUUUUAAAUCUUAAGUGCCUCAAAUUUAACUAUAGAAAGCUAGUGUUGUUAAUGAAUAGAGCAAUAAAGUACCAGGAGGAGAAGUUUUGCGCUUGACAGCAUUCUUAAGAGAAUGGGAUUAACAAGAGCUUUUAAGUAACUACGACAUCGAGAAUUAUGCUAAUGAACUCUGGAUGACAACAAAGUAGUUUGAGGAGGAUCUUAAAAAACACUAUAUUGUAUACAAAAAUCAUAUUCAAUCAUUAGACAGAAAUCAUAAAAAGAGAGAGCAAGUUUUAAGAGAUAAAUUUGAUUUUUACACCGAAGCGCAAGAACGAGCACUGACUUAGCUCAAAAUGAAUAUAGGAGCUAUAAAAGAGCAAUAUGAAAUGCAACUAUGUGAUUAUUAAUCAUUUUUGUUCAACCAGCAUAUUCCUUUUGAUGAUAUCAAUGAAUUGGUUAGGAUGGACAAUAUAGACACAAAAAAUGACAUUUCUGCGACUGAUGCUUACAUUAAAUAAUUAUAAAAAUGCAUUAGAUCUUUGAAACUUGAUGUAAAACGUCUAGAAACUUAAUUAAUUUAUCAAAAAAAGGAAAUUUAGAGUAACGUGCUUAAAGUUCAGUCCUACAAAGAAUAACUCGGAAAAGUAUAAGAAUUAAGAAACUAUGGAUUAGCAUACUAGUGUUUUGGGUAAUCAACCCUAGUUUAACAUGCUACUGAGAGAAGUAAUAACGCUUUAAAUUUCGCGACCUUGAAUACCAAUAAUUAGAAAAACGUAAAUGCAGAUAUACUUGAGGGAGUUCAACUGAUAAGUAAUGAGACUGUUAGAUAGUUCAAAUAAAUUCAAAUGAACUAUAAAGGUCUUGAAACUCUUGAUGGAACUUUGAAAAAUAAAGAUAAAGAUAAAGAUUAAAUAAAAAGGCUUCCAUUGUAAAGAAGGCAAAGUUUAUUAUCUCCUGGAAGACAAAGUUUAAAAAGAAAAAAUACAUAAAAUUUAGUAAAGAUAAAAAAAUCAAAAUUUUAAUCAACUCUUCAAAUGCCUGAACCAGAAUUUACCGUAGCAAGAAAUGAAGAGUAGUCAUCCAGACUUUCAAAUUAAAGACAAUAAAGUCAAGCAUCUAUACAUUCAGGGUAAUAAAAUAUUAAUCAUCAAAGAUCACUCAAAAGGAAUAGAUAUGGAUCUAAUAUAGAAAAUAGUUAUGAUAAAUAUGCAAUUGAUUUUGAAGCAUAUAAAGAUGAGGAUGAUAGAUUGACAUUUCGCUAAGGAAAUUUUUUGAUACCUCUGAUUGAGAAAGCCCUUAACCAAAAUUUGCCUAAGGAUGCUUAAAUGGAAAUAGUUAAUUAAAUAAGUGUUGAAAAGCUUAUUAAAAAGAUAAACUUAAUCACUAAAGAAAAAAUCUUUAAUACCAGAAAAAGCACUGAUAAAUUUUUUUAUCCUAUUCAUGAUCUAAUUGACAUUGUUUAUGGAAAUGAAAAAAAUGAGGUUAUUGGAUUUUAGAUUAAUCCUAAAAUGGCAAGAUUAAUGUUUAUUAAGGGAUUACAUGAUGAAUGCAAUUUAAGAGGAGUUGAGACAGCUUUCUUUGAUCAUUUUAAGUCUAAGGUUAGAGACCUCUAUCUUUGUUUGAACAUGCAAAUGCCAGAGGAUGAAAAUUUUAAAUAUGAAAAAUUAAUAGAUAGUUGUGACGAUCCUUAAAAAGCUCUUGAGUUGCCCAUUGAAAAUUUCUAUGCUACGAAUCUCAAAGAUAUAUUAGAUGAAGAUGAUGAAAAUUAUCAUGAAAAAAAAAUUGUACUCAGCCUUGAAAUGUUCUUAGACUAAUUAUGCGGAAAAUUCAAAGAUUUAAUUCAGAUUUAAUAUGAUACUCAGCUAAAAGCAUUCAAUUAGCUAAGAGAUUAUGAUAGAAAUCCAGCAAAUGGUGGAGAUCAGAAUCCAAGAUUGAAUGAAAAAUUCAAGCUGUAGAUAAAUUUUGAUGAAAUCUUUAUGGAUGAAAAAACACUUAAUGAGAUGAAAAAUACUUUGAAGAGAUUAACGAAUAAGCUUUCAAGAAAGAAAGCUCUAUAACAAUCGAAUGAAUAGAUAGAGGAUUUUGAUGAGAACUAAAAUCAAAUUGAUUAACAAUAAAGGAAGGAUCAAAUUGUAAAAAAUGAAAAUUAAAUGGUCCAAAAAUAUUAAUCACUAAUGAAACCUCUAGAUGAAGUACUAGCAAGCAUAAUAGAGGAGGCUCAACGUAAUGGGAUAUUUAUUGAAAAUGUUAGUUUUGAUCAAUUUUUAGCAGCAGCCGUUAGAGAAGAAGAUCAAGCUUACACUCUUGAAACAAUAACAAAUUUCCUAGGAUAAUUAAGAGAAAUUAUUAGCCAAAAUCCGAAUUUCUCAACAAUUUUGUUAAAGGGGAAAGGCAAACCAAUUUUUGAAGAGAGGAGAAUAAUUUUAAGCAAAGAGGAGAAGAAGAAUUAUUAUGCAGCUAAGAUUGAAGAUCUUGAUCGACUUAUUAAGAAAAACAAACCAUCUAAGUCAAAGUAAUCAAGCAAAUAAAAUAUAACUUAAGAUUCUGGUAAGGAAAAGACCAGCACAGGUGGGGCAAUUUUGAAAGGGAGCAGCUUGGUUGGUGAACAGUAAAAGCGAAGACUUGCUUAGAACAUGAAUCUCACCAUAUAAUAGGUAAGCAAUAAACCAAAAGAUAAGAAUGCAGAAGAAGAAAGAAAAUUGGCUAUUCCAGAAAAGUUAAAUCCUCUUGAAAGGAAAAAAACAAUUUUAUUGCAAUAAUCUAGAAAGCAAGUUAAUAAAUUCUUGCUUAAUAAUGAGGAUCAGCAGCAAACAUUUCCAAGCCCAAAGAAAAUGAAUGAGUCCUCUGUAGAUUUAAAACUAGCUUAAAAUCAAUUUGGAAAUGAUGAUUCUGUUAAACCAUUCACAUAGCAAAGACCCAAAAGAAAAAGCAUACUAAAUCAAUCAAUUCUAGUUAAUCCAGUUUUCAGUAACUUUUCUGUUCUUAGUGCUUCAUAUUAAUCAACAGACAUUUAAUCCUCUAACAGAGAUCAUCCUGGAUUGCAAUCUGGAGCUGAAAAUUAAACCGUGAUAUCAUAAGAAGCAAUUAUUGAUUAAUAUCAGCAUGAACUAACAAUCAAUACUAAAAGGACCGAUAUAGAAGUCUAAGAUAAAAAAUAGAAGAAUUCAGGGGGCUUAAAUCUAAGCUAAUUUGAUUUUCCAUUCUAAAGACCCAAAAAGAUAGAUACAAAAGCUUAAAAAGAAGAGAAGCCAUCUAGGAGAAAGAUACCUUUAACUCUUCCUAAUUCUCCAAGAGAGGACUAGUAGUAAAAUACCAGUCCUCGAAGGUCUCGCAAGGUAAGAAAUAGUCUUAUCUUAAUAGAAGACAUAUCUACUGAGCUGCUAGUUCCUCAAUAGUUAGAAUCAACAUUUACGAAGUAAAAGACAAUAGUUUCUCCUGAUUAAUCAGGUUUUUUCAGCGUUAGAAACAAGAAACAAAAAUUAAAGAGAAAAGAAUUAAAUGCUAACGUAAAAAUAGAUCUUGGAAUGCUCACUCAAAGAAUCUAAUCUACGUAAAAUAAUUCUUUAAGCAUGGAAUUUUAACCUCAGAAACAAUAGUUAUGA